AUGUCGGGAAGGAAGGGCAGAGCUACGCGGCGUGCUGGGCGUGGAGCGACGAAACGCAGUGAGGCGGUGCUGCCGGGCGGGGCGGCAGGUGGCCAGAGCAGGUUGACCGCGUACUUCUCCACCGCGCCUCACCGCGAUACAUCCAGGAGCAGGAUAAAACGUCUCGGAGAAGUGACAAGCGGUGACGAUGCUGCGCUUCGCAAACAGACGACGGCGAAGGGGGAUACUCCUGCUCCAUCACAAUCGCCCACCAAAAUGGCUCGUUUAAAAUCGCCUCGAACGUCAUCAGCGUCUGCGAAGGCGGAAGCGAGCAUUGCGGAAUGGGUUUUACCGCCACUGACGACGCGACCAUCCAAGAGUGAAGCCGAUGCUGCAGUGGUGAAAGACGGAAAACACAGGGGUUUUGCUACUGCUGGUGAGGCCGAAACUUUCGGUUUGGAGGAAUCGGAUUCAGGCUGUACAAAGGAAGAAAAAAGAAGCCUCAACAGGAUGGAGAAAUCAGUCGCUCAAGCGGAAGCGGUGCCGGUUCCUGGCCCUAGCAAGUCACCAGCUGAUGAUUUGAGCCUGCUCAUCAUCCGUCGUGGCAGCAUCUCUUAUGUGAUUAAUAGGGUAGUGAAGAUCGCGUCUUUGCUUCUGAGUUGCAACUAG